GUCUCUCGGUCGCCCGACACCAUCCCCAGAUCUAGAGUCUGUUAGUCCAGUGUAAGGCUACGUAGAGCUGUCUGGGUCUGAAAUGAUUGCAUGACCGAAAAUGGCAAUUCCAUUUCAGAGGCCAUCGAAAAUACUGGAGAUCCAUGCAAAGGGUGUGAAAGUACUCUGAGACUUAAAAGUACCCCUGCAGCCAUUCACGUGAGCACAAGACAACAACAGUUAAGUACCAGUAGCAAAGAGCCCUGUGAUGCAGAUAUCUUCCUUGUUUGUGAGGCCACUACAGCGACAUUCAUCCCUCCAAUGGGCGGUAGGUCAACGUCGAGGAGCUGAGCAACGUGAACAGAAUUGGAAGGAGAUUUGUCGGAACGGACAUGAAAUAACGAAUGAAAUGAGAGCCCUGGUUUCAAACCAAAUUCCAGGAUCACGGAGGGAAGUCUGAAUGAGUUGCAGGAAGAAACUUACAGCUGAUGAGAAAGUGAAUAUGGAAAUGAAUAUUCCUCGUUAUUACCGUGAUCUUGUUCUGAAUUCAAAUCUCGCUUUAACGAACAUGUAGCGACCAUGUUCGCUUGCUUGAGAUCGUUCAGAAUGAGACAGAAUGCACUUGAGGCGCUGUAAGGGAAUCUUCGAAUCUCGCUUGCAGGUUUCAGAUUCAGCCAGUGCCGACCACGAGAACAAAUAUCAGCUUCAUGUGGCCCCCUUUUGUCCUGCCUGCGCUGACCCCCCAGUCGAACUCGUGGCUCACAUGGUGCACUACAAACCUGUAAUGUACAAGAUCCACAGAUUUCAUCUUGCAGUUGACAUCCCAACGUUGUGUACCGAGACCUAUGGCCUGGCAUGAGAGUUUACCGGCGGAGAUCUUCGGUAUUUGGCCCGAUUUGUUCUCGAGAUAAAGUUGGCAUCAUUCCAUUGGCGUCAGAAUUGCGUCUAUCAGACACCCUCUAUUCAAUUCAUGCGUUGCGAACGCCCCCUCUCGCUCUGUCAACGUGUUAUGCAGCUGGCAGUUCGCAACACCAAUGUACUUGCACGUGAGUGAGGCGAUGAUGUCGACGAUGGGUCUGCACCAGGAUUCCGUCGUAAGGAUGGAAUUGUGCACGCUCGAUGUGGGAGUUUACCUGCAAGUCGGUCAUUCACAUCGUUGUGCCAAUGAGACUCAACGUUGGCAUGGUCGUGGAUCAAAUGGAACAUCUCUUCUCCAUCAUUUGUGAAAAUCUAAUCAGGGGCAUCGACAUCGUUCGAUAAUGUGAUGGUUUGUCAACAGUUUACUACGUUAAAAAUGGGCGAUACGAAUAUGACAUGCCCUUCCUGCAAUUUUAAAUCACAUCAGAGAAAACAAGUACUGAAAUCUGCUGCAGCUGGCAGUCGCCAAAAUUACAUUUUUACAAGGGGCCGAUUAUCACGUUUGGUUCAAUACGGCAGCCUCAUCAGAAAUUCAGCGCCUUGGUUUCCGUUUAUUCCAUAAUUCUUGUGAAUGUCAAUUAAGGGUACCAGAAUGUAGCCAUGGUAGACGAACAGGGUACUUCGCUGUCUUUCCUCCUUCUCGAAAGAUGCCUGUGUGAACGAAUGUAGAACGGAUCGAGAACAAUAAUUGAAAGUUGUCUACAAUGGACCAUCACGGACAAUGCUGGCUAGCAGUUAAUUCAAUGUGACGAAAAUUAGCUCUGAAAUGUCU